UUUUGAAAUCGAGGGACCGAGCCGGAUCAAGAAGCAGACAACAUGGGCCCAAACUCAACCCAGCCCACCUCUUGGUUAGACCUGCCCCCACCAUGGUUGGCUACACUGUUUACUGACAAACUGAGAGCGAAACGAACGUGAAGCACUCUGAAUUUCAUUCUUUCUUGUCCUCCAUUUGGUUUCCUAAAAGCGUAAAAAGAAACUACUAGUAAUGCACUGAUAGUCUCUGCUUUGGGUUUUUUGAAAUGGUUCAGACGGAACCGAGGCUAUCAGCCAUGCAACUUGUGUUGCUUUUGAUUGUUUGUUCUAUGUUCCACAUACAAGCUUCGGGAUUUAAUGGGUUGGAUACUGGGAACAUGUCUGCUUCAAAGAGUGGAGCCGGUAAAACACUAUGUCCUACUGGUUGGGUUAUUCACCCUGAUAAGAGUAAAUGCUUUGGUUAUGUGAGAAGUCCCAAGCCAUGGAGUGAGUCAGAGGUCAUCUGUAAAGGCUAUGGUGGGCAUCUGGCAGCAUUAACAUCAUUUCAAGAACUGAACUUUGUUCGUAACCAAUGUGGUGAAGUUGUUCGUGGCUGUUGGGUUGGAGGAAGAGUCAUCAACUCUACUGUUGGCUUUGGUUGGAAGUGGUCAGAUAAUACUUCAUAUUGGAACGAGACCAUCUAUCCUGGGUCACCUGUUCAAUCAACUUGCACCAGUUUGUCCUGCCACACCAACAAUUCAUUUGAUCUAUGUUCAUUGGUCACUAACGGAUCAACAUCUCUCAUCAGUGAGAGAUGCAACGUGUCUCGUGCUUUCAUAUGCAUGCUUGAUAUAGGGAGCAUAUGCCACCACAUGCACUGCCACGAGGAAUAUCUUAUCAUCCUUGCAGUUGUAAGUGGGUUGAUCCUCUGCACUACGUUAGUUGUAGUAGUUUGGCUUCUUGCAUACAAGCGGAGCAAGAAGCGCAGGCGGUCGCGCAAACUAUCUAAUCCAGCAGCUUCUGCAUUAGUCCCCCCAUCAUGGAAAGUCUUUACCAAGGAGGAACUGAAGUCAGUUACGAAGAACUUUAGUGAAGGAAACCGUCUAGUUGGAGAUGCCAAGACGGGUGGCACAUAUGGUGGCCUUCUAUCUGAUGGAUCGAAAGUCGCAAUUAAGAGGUUGACAAGAUCUAGCUUUCAGAGGAGAAAGGAGUUCUAUUCUGAAAUCGGAAGGGUGGCAAGGCUUCACCAUCCAAAUUUGGUUGCUGUGAAAGGAUGCUGCUAUGAUCAUGGUGACCGCUACAUUGUUUAUGAGUUCAUAGUUAAUGGGCCCUUGGAUAAAUGGCUACACCACAUACCAAGGGGGGGUCGGAGCUUAGAUUGGGCUAUGAGAAUGAACAUUGCCACUACUCUUGCUCAAGGAAUUGCGUUCCUGCACGAUAAGGUUAAACCACAUGUUGUGCAUCGAGAUAUCCGUGCCAGUAAUGUACUACUUGAUGAAGAGUUUGGAGCACAUUUAAUGGGGGUUGGCCUUUCAAAGUUUGUUCCAUAUGAAGUGAUGCAGGAGCGGACUGUGAUGGCUGGUGGCACGUAUGGAUACCUAGCACCAGAAUUUGUGUACAGAAAUGAGCUUACAACAAAGAGUGAUGUUUAUAGCUUUGGCGUGCUGCUGCUUGAAAUUGUGAGUGGCCGCAGGCCUACACAGGCCGUUGAUUCGGUUGGUUGGCAGAGUAUAUUUGAAUGGGCCACACCUCUGGUUCAGGCUCAUCGCUACCCUGAUCUCUUGGAUCCUCACAUAUCUUCUUCCUCUGAUAUUCCCGAGGCUGGUGUCAUUCAGAAGGUGGUGGAUCUUGUCUAUGCUUGCACACAGCAUGUCCCAUCUAUGCGCCCCAGAAUGUCUCAUGUUGUUCAUCAGCUCCAACAGUUGGCCUUGCCAGCUAUUGUAAAGUAAGUUCAACGUAUCUUUUGCAUUCCAUAGGAAACUAUGAAUUAGGGAUUAUUUUUCCCCCAAUUUUUGUAUGCCCAAGUAAUUUUUGUAGAACCAUAUUAGCACCAGUGUAGUUAUGUUAUGAAAGACACCCUUUCUGCAGUGUCAUCGGUAACGUAAUUGUGACAAUUAUGUAUUUCAUCUAAUUAACGGAUAUGUCUGUUCCAGUGA